CCAGUGAAUCUACAUGUUCAACACCUCUCCAUGUUCAACAAAUACCACUCCCAAAUCUGCAGAUCUGUGUCCUAAAUUCUCGAUAUCCGUGGUUCAUUGCAUUGGUGACGUACGUCGAUCGACCAAUUAAAUCCGAAACACUGAUUAAUGGCCGCUGACGCUUAGUACUCAGCCCUAUGGCUUGAUCGGCAGUAAAGUGCUACUUGUACAAUAGUUGUGUGAUGGCAAAAAUUAGAUUUGUUCUGGCACCUGCUGCAUAAUCUUCGAAUUUCAACUUGGACAACUUUGCCAGGAGUAGAAAACCUUCCACUGGAAUAGACCUCCGCCCACAAAUAAAGAGUUACCCAGAACUGAUGUUGACAUCCCAGAGGGAUCCCUGAAUCUAGCAUGGCCGAUGACUCCCUGCCAAUCACGGGAGUGUGUGUGGUUGCCGACAAAGAAAGGCGCCCUGUUCACUAUGAUCUUAUUGAGAACACUACCGACAACCAAGAUGCUGACAUCUGGAAGGACAGCUUCUUCAGGAAGGUGAAGAGAUAUCUCUGCUUCACCCGCCAACCUGUUCAGGGUAACGUAGUGUUGACAGACCUGACCGUCAUCAAGGAGGGGGAUCAGAUACCUCAGGGCUACACAGCAAUUCCAACCACUUCAGACUCAAAGGAACCUGUUCUGAAGAAGAAGAUUCUGAUUGUUCAGCUUGUCAUGAGAGGACAGGUGACAAAGGCUAUCUGUGGUAUCUACUUGACCUCCUCCAAGGCUAAGACGCGACCCAUUGAUGCAUCGCCGAGAGGAGAGAUCAAUGGUUUGUCGUUAUACCUCAAGAUGGGAACACUCCCGAGUCCGACAUCACAAACCGUCCCCACGGAUCCCUACGGCAGGCCACACUCGGUCAGCAAUCCUCAGCCUUACAUGAACAAUGCAAACAUGGGCUACCAGGGAUCUCCAAGAACGGCUGCUGGGAGCGUGGCUCCGGCCCAUCCGCUGCCUUAUCAGUAUCCAUCUAGAGGCAGUACCCUGACCAGGCAGGCAUCCAUGAUACAAACCAAUGCAGCCACUGAGAGGAUACAUUCAGCUAUUGAAGGGGUACCGUUUGAACUCCACACCUCACUACAAUCAGCCAGCCAAUCUGAAGAUUUUCAAACGCCACAGCUCCAAACAGCUGAAGAUGUGCUCCUCAGAUAUAGCUAUGAUUUCAGGACAGAGCAGCAGUCCAAACAGAGGAAUCUUGUGGCUUUGUGAAGGGCCUUGUACAUGUAUUUAGCUUUUCUCACAUUAUUGUGUUUUGGUUGUAGAUUUAGGGAGAGGCAUCUUGGAUUCCCCCCCCCCGCAAAAAGCUUUAUACCGUCAUUAGGCUUGCCAAAAAUAUGUAGCUUGUUCAGAUGAGAAGGGAGUUGUUUUCUCAUUGUUAAUGAUUUACCAUUUCAUGGUUGACAUUGGUUCCCAGCAGAGACCUGGGAGAGGCGAUUUCGGGGCCCAGAAUCUGGAAAAGCCCAGCAUUUUUUGUCCCACUUCCACCUGGCCUAGAUUCUAGUUGGCAGUUUCUCCCCAGAUGCAGCCAAAAAUGCCGAGUAAAACUACCCGGGCUGUACCGUACUGGCCGCAGACUGUAUAGACCAGCAAAAUAGCUUAAGAUGUCUUCCGAUACCAGUACCUGUUCUGGUCGGCCAGAAAAACUCCAUCUUGGUGGAUAGUUUUGGCAGGAUCCUUCGCGUAUCCUGCAAACUCCGCAAGAAGCCAGUGGCACACUCUGUGUACUUAAACUUUCAAAAGGCAUCAGACUUUCUUUGGAGUAACAAUGCAGGGGUUUGCCAUGCUGAAUCCUGCAAAAGGCAGAUAUUGAAGGGGGGAUCUUGGAGGAUUAAGCAGAAUUAUUUGGUCUGAAACAACUCGAUCUGUAUAUAUAUAUCAGCUGGGGAAAAAAUUCGACUUUGGUUGCUUCCUAUUUUUAAGUUACUUAAAUGUGCUCUUACUUUUUGUGAUUUGUCGUACUCUGGGAUAUUUCACUCCAGGUUUGUUUGAUAUGCAUUUUUGAAAAGUAUAUUUUGAACAAUUCCAAUGUGCAUCAGUGAAAAGAGCGAAACAAGGCAAUGCUCCAUCGUGGUUGAUAUGUAUUUUAUUGAGAUGUGGUUUAGUAUGCAAGUACCGACUGCUUCGAGUGGCAGAGUAAAGUCAGUCUACCUAGGAAUCUUUACUGUCACAAGUUUGAGCACUUCAUGCAGAGCAUCUUAUCCCCAGAGUAUGUAAUUACAGAGGUAUCUGAUCAGUACAAUCCGGUGGAAAUGGACCUCGUUCAGUUCAAAAUUCAUCAUGUAAUUUACUCAUGAAGCAUUUAUUUCAAAAUUGGUGUGCCAUUUUCGUACCUUUCAGAAUCCUGCCCUCUCCUGGCUACCCAAAUGAGUUAAGUUUGACGGGUUUUGUAUACAUGUAGUUAAAUGCAACUUAACAAACCAGUACAGUUAAUGAGGUACCCUCCUUGUUAUAACUCCGGAACAAUAUUUUUCAGUUAUGUAAACACUUCAUAUCCAUUUUUUUCUCUGAAUGAAAUUUUCCCUCCCUGCUCCGUGAUGCACAGUGGCGUUGGGGGGGGGGCACACAGAUUUCUUGUCUUUAAGACUGCUUCAUCGUUGACUAGGAAAGAAGUCACCGGUAUAUUUAUUUAUCAAAACCCCAAGCAAAUAAAACCAUCAAAUGAAAGCAAGGAUGUUGGAACCGUGAUUAAGGCUUUUUUUUGGUCCCCAAUAUCAUGUUGAAUGAGCUUGAAGCUGCAUUCGCUUUUGAAUUUGCCCUGCCCCCAACACCAAAUACUGGAUACGCCGCUAGUGGUGUAACAUAAAAACCUGCUCAAUGCAUGAUUUAGCGGCACUUCCUUGUGAAACCAAGGAUGCUAGAGGCACAGUGCCCCGAUAGCUUUGUAUACAUGUAAAUACAUGUAUAGUACCUUUCAGGAUCAAGCUGCAAUGGUGUGCGCUUUCUUGAAGUGCAUGGCAAAAUUAGGGAAAUAGAACAAAUCCCAUAUUAACUACUCCACUCAGGCAGAGAGACGGACUCGGUUGAUGUGAGGUUAUUGAAAAAACACUUAUUACAGCAGGGCAGUUGUGAUUAAUGAGAGUACAUGUACAAAACGUCACUGAAUUCCAGUUAGUUGAGAGGUUGGAGAUAACCAUUUUUCAGGACGUCACUUUGGCCUAUCAAAUAUGGUCUCCAACCAGUAGAAAGGCAUUCCCAUGGCAUUCCCUUUAUGUAACUGUUUCAGUAUACGUGUACUGAUGUGAUAAAAAGAGAAUUCACAUUUAACAGUAAUAAUGAUGAUUCUUAGAUUAAAGAUUAUUUAAAGAUGCUUUUAUUUGUAACGUUAGUACCGAGCAUUCAGUAUUGUUACACAGUUGUAGACCAGUAGCUGUUGCUUUAACUACAUUUUCUAAAACUCAUCGCCAGUGACACUGUCAAGUUGAAGUUGUGAUGCAUGUUUUGUCGUAAUCUCCUCUACCAAAAAUUGAAGUCAUUUAAAGGAGAGAAAUCCAUGCUUUUGUGUCUCUCUGAAGAGCAGAGACACGUUCAUAACACGACAAGAUUCUGAUUGCUGCUUGACAACAACUCUGUAUUAAAUAAACAUUGCUUUGACACCUUUCCUCCAUUUCUUGUAAUGUUCAUGUACAGUGUUCUUUGCAUGCCAAAAACAUACAUCUCUGAAAUUGUCUUUGCUUUGAAAUGCAUCGUGUUGUGGCACCCAGAGACCGUAGUGAAGAUGUACAUUGGCAUGACUAAUUAGCACCAGUCUGGUUUGCGCUCAUGAGGAGGCAAUUAUUAAACCAAAACAAAAACAAUG